AUGCAGGAAGUUAAGAAACGGAAAACUAUGCUCUACUGCAAGCGCAAGUCGGUCGACUGCCCGGCAAAGGUGUUUGAUCAAAUUCAGUGGGACGGCGGAACAUUUCAGUUGCCAAAUGACAACUUCUACAGUUUAGCACCGCCAUCCUCGUUGACAUCUAGUUCUACGUUUGCCAAGGUGCCUGCUUCGGCCAGAAACCGGCUUCACGAAGCGACGUCAUGCUUUCAACCGUUUCUGUCAGUGUCCCCUGACUAUGCGACUUCUAAAUGA